GAGAGAGAGAGAGAGCAAAUACUUCAUAAAAUAUUUAUCAAGUGAGCGAAAAUGAAGGCUAUUGGCACUGAAAUUUGAUGGCAUAGUUUCUGCUUACAACAGCGAAAAUGGACAAAUGUGUGCAAUGAAGGAAAUGAGGGUUAUUUCUGAUGAUCAGAACUCAAAUGAAUGUCUCAAACAGCUGAAUCAGGAGAUAGCAUUGCUUAGUGAACUGUCACAUCCUAAUAUCGUUCAAUAUUAUGGAAGCAAACUGGUGUGGAUAAUCUCUCAGUAUACUUGGAGUUCGUUUCUGGGGGUUCAAUCCAUAAAUUGCAAAGGGAGUAUGGUCCGUUCUCAGAACCGCUAAUACAAAAUUACACCAAGCAGAUUCUUUCAGGGUUAGCUUACUUGCAUGGAAGGAAGACAAUGCACAGGUAUUUGGCAAUUUUAAUAAUUUCAGGUUCUCAUCUUGUUGUAAGUGCUUAGAUUGAUGAGGAAUAAUGUUCACUUGACAGAGACAACAAAGGUGCAAACAUACUGGU